AUGCAUGAGACGGAGCUACUCUAUUACGUGUUGGGGACAAAAAAAUUCCCCAACAGCCCAACAGCUAACUUGGAGCGCUUCAUACGCCGCUUCAAUGUGGUGGUGUACUGGGUGGCCACAGAGAUCUGUCUGUGUGCAGAGCUCUCCAAGCGAGCGCGGCUGAUGAGGAAGUUCAUCCAGAUGGCCUCCAUCCUAUAUCGUGAAAAAAAUAUUAACUCAUUCAUGGCUGUAAUGUAUGGCCUGACAAACAGUGCAGUGUCCAGACUGCACAACACCUGGAAGAAAGUGCCAAAAGUACAGCUGAAGCAGUUCAGGAAAUAUGAGCUCAUACUGGAUCCAUUCAGCAACCAUGACGCAUUGAGGAAAGUGGUGGCUAAACUGGACCCGCCAUAUAUCCCGUACCUGCCCCUCAUUUUAAAAGACCUAACAUUCAUAAAUGAAGGGAACAAAACAAGACAAGAUAAUCUUGUCAACUUCGAGAAAAUGAAAUUAUUUGCCAAAACAUUAAAGAUUAUGAAAGACUGCCGGAAUCAGCCCUACUUACCCAUUUCACCAGAAACUGUCCGUUCAAAGAAAGGCACUGGCCUUCACAACAUACAGAAGCCCUCAUGUCCUGAGCAGUUCAACAGCAGAAAACUGCACGUAAUCAGUGACCAGCGGAAGCUGACCCAGCUCUCCAGGGCCAUUGAGCCGUGAGGGCUAUUAUAAAGUUUAA